GAUUUUAUUUUAUUAUUAUUAUUAUUAUUAUUAUUAUUAAUUUAAUAUUUUGGACAUAAUCACUAUAAGUAUCUUCAGCUUCAAUUUCCAUUUCCAAGUUUUGAUUUUUCGUUUCAAAAUUCUCGAUCUUUGUUCUCUUUGUUUUAUACACCAUGAGUUGGUCUGCUCUUCCUUCGUCAUCUUCUUCAUCUCUGUUAAUUCCUUCCAUGUCCUCCUCUCUAUUCACUGCCUCAUCUUCUUCCAAUUUAUUGCCCAGAUACCAAUCAUUGCCUCCUCUUCCUUCUUCUUCUUCUUCUUCUUCUUCUUCCUCUUCUUUGUGUUGUUAUCGUGUGCUCUGCUGCAGUGGAUCUUCUUCGUCCAGGACUCGCUAUGUAGACGGCGACCUGAAAUUUGUUCUCCAUAAUGCUCUUGAUGCUUCCGGAAUCCCUACCUCCCAUGCCAGGGAAGCUAGGGAAGGUUUCUGCUCACAGAUUCAGAAACUGUCGGAUAUAGAGAGGGAAACCAGCAUUAGCAUCAAUAGGUGUGUUGAUUUGGGAAAAACAGCUCUAUAUGUAGCAGCAGAGGAUGAUUCUCUGGUGUCUCAUUCAUCAGUUCCACUCCCCGUGGAUGCUUUCAUCGAAAGGUUGGAUGAUCUUUCCAUGGGGUACUGUUCUACUCACAGCUCAUCAUUCAAGUUGUCUCCUGAGAAUUUCUUGGAGAGUCUUGAGACAUAUUUGUACCACAAGAAGGGUUUUCGAAGAACCAGAAUGAGAUAUCAGUCUGAACCACGAGCUUUAUAUCUUCACUCAGUUUUGACCCAUCGUUCAGGAUCUACUGCAAUGCUAUCACUUAUCUACUCAGAAAUUCUGAAAAUGCUUCGCUUAUGGGGCCUCUUGGAUUUUGAUGUUGAGAUCUUUGUUCCUCGUGAUCUCCAGAGUCUUCCUAGAGGCUAUCAUAAACUGAAAGCUAAGGAGUCUGACCAUGCACACAUAAUGACAUCUCAAACAUUUUUGGUGGAGAUUUUGAGAAAUUUGAAGGAUGCUUUCUGGCCAUUUCAACAUGAUAAUGCAGGAAGUUUAUUUUUACGGGCUGCACUUGCUGCUAACUGCAUAGAUAGAUCAAACGAUAAUGAAGACAGUGGCUUUCAGCUUGCUUCUGCUAAGGCUGCUCAACAUAGGCUACAGCGUGGUGUUUGGACCAGUGUACGUUUCGGAGAUAUGAGGCGUGCAUUAUCUGCCUGUGAACGUCUUAUCCUGUUGAACACCGAUGCGAAGGAACUAAGAGAUUAUAGCAUUCUUCUCUACCUAUGUGGAUUUUAUGAGGAAUCACUGGAAUUCUUAAAGAAGUACCAAGACCUGAAGAAUUCUUCCGUGCAAAACCAAUCGGUAGAUUCAAUAAGUAGUCUGGAGGAAGAUGCUGUGGAGAAAUUGAUGAUCCGCCUUAAACUCAUUUCAAUGGAGGAAGGUUGGAGCAAGCCUUCAUUUGCUAGGAACUUUCUUAGUAACGACUCUGAACCAUGGUAGUGCUUCAUGUACAGCAUUUUACGCGCAACACUACAAAAAUUUAGUUCAUGUGAAGUAGUGAUUGAAGGUAGGCUAUUGAAGAUCACUCGUCAUGAAGAGCAGGGAAAUUAUAGGGAGUUGCUAUGUGCUUUCGAAAUGGAAGGCAGGAUACAUAGGGCUUGUGAGAUAUGUACAGAGUGUCAGCCUAGUUUUUUAACCAUGUUUUGUUGAUGCGGCUUCAUUGGAAUGUAAGUUUAUGAAAAUAAUCUCAAUUAAACUGUUAAAGCCAUUUCACUCGGAUAGAAGUAUCAAUGGGAAACUAUUAUCUGUGUACGGCCGUUUUGAGUUUCGAGUACCGAUAUGUUAAGUAUGUUUAACAUGUAUAAAUUUCAUGUAUAUUGAUGGGUACAAAAUGAAUUACAUUCAAUAUUUUUCAAUAAGAAUGAUUGUGCAGCAGUUAUCUGCUUUCACUUUGUAGAA